AUGUCUAACUCCCCCUUUAAAUUAGAACAAAAUAUCAGUAAAUUUUGAUAUUUUUAGGUACUUUAACCCCUUAAAUUGGAACAAUUUUUUUAAUAGGAAAAUUUUAUCGAUGAAAGCUUUAAAAAUUGCUUUUAAUCUAAUUUAAUAGACAAAAUGCAAGUGUAUUAUUAUUUAAAUGGUCUCUCACGCUAAAUGAAUUGAUUUUUUAAAUUAAUUCUUCAUAAAAAUUUUAAAUUACUUUAUUCAAUUUAUAUUUUUUAAAAAUAAAUAUUAAAGCUAAAAUGCAAAUUUUUAUGAACCGAAUUUAAUAAGACAAAAUGCAAAUAGAUUUUGUUUUAAACAUUUUUAUAUCUGAAUUAAUUUUUUAUUUAAUUCUUCAUAAAAUCAAAUUAAAAUUCAAAUUAUUGGGCUCAAUUAUAUUUUUUAAAAGAAAAACAUUAUGAUAAAAAAAACUAAUAAUUAUAAUUAGCUUUGAUUUAAUUUAAUAUAUCAAAUGCAAGUAGAAUGUUAUCUAAACAGUUUUAUACUGAAUCAUUAAUUGAUUUAUAUAAAAUAUUUAAAAAUUCAAAAUGUUUUGCUCUAUUUAAUACCUUUACCAAGAAACCGGGCUUAAGCUGCCUUGAGGAAGUCCACUACAGGCAUUCACCUGCGUAGCGCAUAGCGUUUCAGGAAGAGGGAACUAUAAAUGCCUUGCAUAAUCUAAUCUAGUCUAAAUUAGCUCAAUUUAUAUUUUUUAAAAAUAUAAAAAAUGUUUUAAAAAUAAUUAAUAUUGAAAAUACUAAUUUUUUAUCACUUUUUAGAUUUUUUAAACAAAAUUAACCUGCUUAAAAUUGAAAUAGGAUUUUUUGUUCCAAUUUAAAUGGGGGAGUAAGUCAGCAAGCCACCAAAAUGGAGAAUUUGAAGUUGAAGCAAUUAUUGACUCUAACUCCACCCCUCCUCCAAGAGAAAGCCAAUUUUCUUGCUCUCUUAAGGCGAAUUUUAAAAAUAACGACUUUUAAAGUAAAUGUAAUUUAAUUAUAUCUCUUACCAAGAAAACUCGCUAAGAAGCAUUUCUGGUCACCAUUUUUAAAUUUGGAGCCCAAAAAAUAUGGGAUGCUAACAAAUUUUGCACGCCAGCUAUUGUCUGGUUAGGUAAAAAUUCUUCUUACUCUCCCUCCUUCCAUAAGCGAACAAAAGUAUUGAAAAAAUAUCUAAUUUUUGGAUAAAGCCUAUCGUCCUGAGUGAACAAAAUUUUUUAAUAUAAUUUUUCGAUAUAUAAGUGAUAAUUAUUAUAACGAAAUCUCUAGCUAAUUCUGUUUACUUUUAAACAACUUGCAUUUUAAAACAUAAAUUUUACAAAUUAAAUUAAAUUAUUUUUUUCAUUUUGCAGAUUGUGAUUUUUUUUUCGGAAAUUUUUUUAUGAUCGCUCAUGCAGGAAGGGAGAGUUAGAAAGUAAUUUUUAAAAUUUAUGUUUUAAAAUGCAAGCUAUUUAAUUUUUAAUAGAUUUACCUAUAGAUUCCAUUAUAAUGUCAAUUAUUGAUUGUCAAAGUCUUUAUAUAAAAAAUUCUUUAUACUACGAGCUAACUACCUAAAAAAAAUAGAUUUUUUGCAAUGGUUUUGCUUGUUCGGAGUAAGCUUAAAAAGGAUGGCUCAAAACUUUAUUUUGUGAAAUGAAAAGGCUAUCCUGAAGAAGAAUCAACUUGGGAGCCCAUAGAUCAUUUACUCCCCACCUUUAAAGUGGAACAAAAAAUUUUGUUCCGAUUUUAAGGGGGUUAUUUUUUUUUAACAAAAAAUUAAAAUUUUUUCUCUAUAAAAUUAUUUUUAAAAUCUUAAAAAAUAUUAUUAUUUAUUAUUAAUCUAUCUAUCGCUGCUAAGCAGCAUUUCUCUCUUUUUCUCAUAAUCGUAAAAUCUUAAAAAUAAUUAAGCACAAUACUUUAAAUUUUGAUUUAUUUUUAUGAAGAACUAAAUAAAAAAAAUUAAUCGAUUCUUUGUGAAAAUUGUUUAAAUAACAUCCUACUUUCAUUUUGCCUAUUAAAUUAUGUCAAAAACUAAUCAUAUAAAAAUUAAUACUUUCAUCAAUAAAAUUUUUCCUUUGAAUUUUUUUUUUAAAAUUUAAAGGGGGUAAAGUAUCGAAAAAAUACAAAUUUUACCGAUAUAUUGUUCGAAUUUAAAUGGGGAGUUAGAGCAUUGCAAAAAAGCAAUUGCGGAAUAUGAAAAAAAUCACAGGGCGAAGAAAACUGCAAGAAUUAUAGAAAAAAGGCAAGGAAGCUUAGAAAAAGAUGAUAAAAUCAAAAGUUUGGUGCAGAUUAUAUACGAUCCGGAAAGAAACGAGGCAAUGGUGGAAGUGGAAUGAGAAGACCCAAAUCUAUAUAAUGGAUUUUAUCCUGUUGUGGAGAUGCAUAAAUAUUGCCCGAAAGAAAUGUGCGAGCUGUAUUUAAAAAAUCUGUCAUUUACUUAUCAAAUAAAUUCUUAA